AUGUCAACGCCGACGCCCGCACAGCACCCAAUAUCCAGCCAGCAACGGCCAGCCAACGACGACAUGGCCACGUCCCAAUGGCCCCGCCUCAUCCCCGCCACGACCCAACGUCCGCCCCACCUGCCCCGCCACCACCUCAACGGCACCCAGGACGUAUUCCGCCUAUUUGACCUCGUACCCAUCUACGACCGCGCAGUCAGACCUUUCCUCCAGCAGCAGCAGCAGCAGCAGCAGCAGCAGCAGCCGGCGGCCACUCCGCUCGCCAGCCACGCCGCACCCACUCCAUCCUCGUCGACCCCGCUCCCCUUUCCCCUCGCACCGCACCUCGACACCUCCCUCACCCCUACCACAACCGCCACCGCCGCCACCACCACCGCCGCCAACGCUACCACCGCUGCACCAGCGGGAUCCACGACGGCGGCCAUCAACAAGCGCGCCAAGCCGCCCGCCACCUACGCCCACUACCUCUCAGACAUCGCGGGCAGGGUCAAGCCGCCCAGCAAGCGCAACCGCGCCGCCAAGCCAGACAAACCCUCGACCUCGCUCGUCGCCAUCCUCAACAAGCCCGAAUACACGCCCCAGCGCAUCCUCCCCUUUGACGCAGAGACGCUCCGCUCCGCCUUUGUCGUGCAGAGCGGGCCAGUCGACGAGAUCGACCAAAGCCUCCUCGAGCCCGACGAGGAAGAUGCUGCACCGCGAAAGAAGAAGAAAAAGAGGGACAAGGCCGCCGCGCCCGCUUCUGCUGCCGGCACGGCACCACCCUCGACCGCCGCCGCCGCCACGCCCAGACCUCGUUGA